AUGGCGCAUUUUAGCAGGAAAAGAGGAGUUUUUGCUAUAGUGUUCAUGUUGAUGUACUUGAUCUCAUUAUCUUGUGCUGCUAGGCUUUCUGUUUCAAGACACAAGCUUGAGGUUGAGAAACACUUGAAAAGGGUUAAUAAACCUCCCAUUAAAAGCAUUGAGAGUGCAGAUGGGGAUAUCAUUGACUGUGUACACAUCUCUCAGCAACCAGCUUUUGACCACCCAUUCCUCAAAGAUCACAAAAUCCAGAUGAGACCUAGCUACCAUCCAGAAGGGCUUUAUGAUGAGGAAAAAAUGUCCACAAAGUCUAAAGAAAGUACUAAUCCCAUUACUCAGUUGUGGCAUAUGAAUGGAAGAUGCCCUGAGGACACUAUUCCUGUAAGGAGAACAAAAAAAGAUGAUGUUUUGAGGGCUAGUUCUGUCAAAAGGUAUGGUAAGAAGAAGCAUAGAGCCAUUCCUAAGCCCAGGUCUACAGAUCCUGACCUUACCAAUGAAAGUGGCCAUCAGCAUGCAAUAGCUUAUGUUGAAGGAGACAAGUAUUAUGGAGCUAAGGCAACUAUUAAUGUGUGGGAACCUAAGGUACAACAGUCAAAUGAGUUCAGCUUGUCUCAGCUUUGGCUUCUUGGUGGAUCUUUUGGUGAAGAUCUAAACAGCAUUGAAGCUGGUUGGCAGGUUAGCCCUGACCUCUAUGGUGACAAUAACACAAGACUCUUCACUUAUUGGACUAGUGAUGCAUAUCAAGCAACAGGCUGCUACAACCUUCUUUGCUCAGGUUUCAUUCAAGUAAGCAGUGCAAUAGCAAUGGGAGCAAGCAUUUCACCUGUUUCAGCCUAUAGAAAUUCCCAAUAUGAUAUAAAUAUUCUUAUCUGGAAGGAUCCAAAAGAAGGACAUUGGUGGAUGCAAUUUGGAAAUGACUAUGUAUUAGGAUAUUGGCCAUCUUUCUUGUUCUCCUAUUUGGCUGAGAGUGCAUCCAUGAUAGAAUGGGGUGGAGAAGUGGUAAAUUCACGACCAGAUGGUAAACAUACAGCUACACAAAUGGGAAGUGGUAGAUUUCCAGAAGAAGGUUUUGGCAAGUCAAGUUAUUUCAGAAAUAUUCAAGUUGUUGACAGCUCAAAUAAUCUUAAAUCUCCAAAAGAUCUUGGCACUUUCACUGAACAAUCCAACUGUUAUGAUGUCCAAACAGGAAGUAAUGAAGAUUGGGGCCAUCACUUUUACUAUGGAGGCCCUGGUAGAAACCCCAAUUGCCAAUAAAGCUAGAAAAAAAGGUCAAAAAAAGAUCCUAUUAUUGAUAAUAGUCCCCACCCUUGUAAAAUUUAAUCUAGUCUAAUGCUCUUUUUAUCUCUUUCUUGUAUACCUUUUUUUUUUUUUUUAAUUUUUUAAUGGUUUUUUAGGUUUGAGUUAGAAGUAAAAAUGUGAACUUUUUUAUGUAGUGGGAAGUUUUGACCCUUUUGCUUUUUCAUCUUGAAAGGUUCACCCAUGUAAGCGAAUGGGGAAGUGUGGCCUAGUUUCUCAAAAAAGGUUUGAAAGAAACAAAAGGCCUUUUGUCAUCUUCUUUGUAUUUUACUAUUUGUUUAUAUACUCCACUCUUUGGAGUACUGUCACUCAAUGGAUAAUUAAAUGUGUCCAAUUUGCAACCAA